GUCACGACACCUGGUAAGUUGGUGUUAGUGUUAGGCGAUCUUCACAUUCCACAUCGGUGCAACAGCCUCCCGGCCAAAUUCAAAAAGCUGCUGGUCCCAGGAAAGAUCCAACACAUCCUCUGCACGGGAAACCUCUGCACCAAGGACACGUACGACUACCUCAAGACGCUGGCUGGCGACGUUCAUGUUGUCAGAGGGGACUUCGAUGAGAACCUGAAUUAUCCUGAACAGAAAGUUGUAACUGUUGGACAGUUCAAAAUCGGGCUGAUUCAUGGCCAUCAGGUUAUUCCGUGGGGUGACAUGGCCAGCCUGGCGCUGCUACAAAGGCAGUUCGAUGUGGACAUCCUCAUUUCGGGACAUACACACAAAUUUGAGGCAUUUGAACAUGAAAACAAGUUCUAUAUCAAUCCAGGAUCAGCUACAGGAGCCUAUCAUGCCUUAGAGAACAACAUCAUUCCUUCAUUUGUGCUGAUGGAUAUCCAGGCUUCUACAGUAGUGACAUAUGUCUACCAACUAAUUGGAGACGAUGUGAAAGUAGAAAGAAUUGAGUACAAAAAGUCUUAAAAAUGUAUUUGCUUGUCUGGUACUUUGACCAUCUCACUCUGAACUGCAAGUUACUCCGAUACUUGAUCGCUAGUUUACAGUACUACACUUCCUUGCUAACAGCUUAACAAUGUAGCUUAUGGGUAAUAACUUUAAAACAUUGUGUUUGCUUUUCUCUGUAUGAGUUGAUUUGUAAAAUACUCCAUUAAAAUAACCGUUUAAAUACCGUUCCUUAAUGUUGUAAUAAACGCUACUUCAUAGAAAAA